AUGAUUCUCCUCUUGCUUAUGCCACAGACAUAGCAUUUGCGUUUGUUCGCAGACAUUUUCUUCAGGCUCUCAUGGAUUCUCGUGAACCUCCCUUCUUAUACCUCAAUCCUAGUUAGGCAUUGAGAUAGGGUUAGACAAAAAACUGUCCUUAUAUGAUUCUUUCAUUUCGACCUCGCAAUCAGACCCAGUUCUUGAUUCUCAUCUUUCUUUGUGCAACUUUCCUCCCAGACGUAUCGUCUUUGAUUGCGAUAUUAAUCUUAUUGCAAGCUUGUUCUGUUUUCCCCGCAAGAACUAUUCACAACGAUUCCCAAGUUAUGAAGGUUCAUCCCGUGCCCAGAAAACGUAACAUCACCCUUCAAUACGACAUGACUGCAAGAAACCCUCUUUCUGAAGCUCAGGCACUUCUGGGUUUCACGAAUAAGAAGCUACGGAGGCUCCCCCAUGUCUUUAGUCGCGUCCUGGAGCUUCCCUUUCGUUCCGAUGCCGAUGUGGCAGUCGAAGAAAGCCCGGACUUUUUCCGAUUCGUGGCUGAAACCAGCGGAAUCGGCGACGUGCAAGCUCAUAUGGUGGAAAUCCAUCCUGGGGUCACCAAGGUUGUGGUGAGGGAUAGUGGGUCUUUGGAGUUAUCGUUGGAUGAACUGGAGCUUGACAUGUGGAGGUUUCGGCUGCCGGAAUCAACACGGCCAGAACUCGCCAGCGCAGUUUUUGUAGACGGAGAGCUCAUUGUGACUGUGCCAAAGAGUGAAGAAUUGGAGAAUUCUGAAGAUGAAAAUGGAGGGAUGUGGAGUGAUGGUAAUGGGAAUUUCGGAGGAAGACUUGUGCUUGUACAGUAAUAUUCUUUUGUCACCUUGUUCCCGUUCAAUGUUCCUUUAGUAUGCGAGUUAGUUUCAGGUUGUUAUUGGAACUAGCGACUGUAUUUUCUUGUUCCGUUUGAAGCAAAACAUGUUCCUUUCCCAUUGCAAUGAUUUUAUAUCCGGCCAAUGGCAAUUUUAUGAAUUCGUCAACAGAUGCAUAAUGCAUUCCCUUUACUCA